AUGGCUUCAGCACCCCCUAUUUUUAAUGAAAACUCAAGUUCUAGUGAUACCGACAGCAAAAGUGAGAGUGAUUCUGAGAGUGAUAACAGUGAUGAUGACAGUGAAACAACAGACAGUUCAUCAUCAUUUGAUCAAUCCGAAGAAGAAAAUCUAGACACAGAAGACCUAAGUGAUGAGCCAUUUUCUGAGAAAUUACCAUCUGAGUUUGAAAUCAAUGAAGAAAAACCUUCAACUGCUGAAGUUACAGAUGUUUGCAGUUGUGAUUUAGAAAAAUCAGGAUUAGCUGAAAAUGAAGAAUUCCUGAAGAAGCUCUCAAAAUUGAUUUGGAAGACGCUGUCAAAAUCUUCUAUGACAAGUUUACUUAAAGACUUUGUUGAAUCUGAAUAUUUUUUGAUUGAUGGAGAUUCAUUGUUCAUUAAGUGUGUUCUAAAUGUGAACUUGGAAAGAGGACAAACUCUCCACUUUUUUUAUAUUGUUGAACAAUUUCUGCAUGAUUUUAUUCAAAAGGAAGCAAAAUUUGUAAUUGUUUUCUUUAAGGAUGCAGAAAAUUUUUAUUUUAAUUGCCCUGAACUUCUGGCUCUUCGUACCAUAUUGAUUCAACAUUUAGAAUGCAAUACUGAAGUCACUGUUCAUACAGAAUUUUCCAAUUGUCUGUCACCAGAAUGGGAAUUGUUUCUUACAGAAUAUUAUCCAUAUUUUCUAAUUGUGUUAGAAAGAGGAAUAACAGAACGCCAGACAAACUUUUUAAACAUACUUAUUCUUCAUACUCUUCAAAAGAAAAUUAAUAUAAUACUGAUUGAGGGAAUGGAAUCAGACGUUCUAAGAAUUUAUGGAUAUUGUGCUUCAAGUAAUUAUUUCCACAAAAUGUUUUAUGAAAAAAACAUGAAGAAAGAGCCAACACUAACUGAAGCAGCAGAUCUUUGCAGAAUGCACUGUCUCAGUGUAAUUUGCCUUCAGCUUUUACCUAUAUUUCAAAGAGCUAAAAGUCUAAACUUGGAAUUAGGUGACACUUUGAUGCAGGAAUAUGGGAGGUUGUGGAACACAGUCUUAAUGCUUUCUGGGGAUAGUGAUCUUGGGGGACAAAUGCCUAUAAGGACAACAGUAAAACCCUUUCUUAGAGAGGAAAAAGUAUCAUCUCGAGGAACAAAAAAUGAUGAACUUCAUAAAUCAGGACUCAUACCUCUGAAAUCUGAGAUUGUCGAAGAUUUUGCUGGAGAAAUUUUGUCAGAACUACCUUUUCUGAGAAGUGAUGAUCCAGCUAUUCAUUCUCUUUCUACAAGAGAAUUUGAUGAACUCACACAUUGGCAUUCUUCGAGACCUCUCAGUGAUGAUUUCAAAAGGGUUAGUCAUUUAUUUCCUAAAGCCAGAUCCAAAGAUGCCAUGGAAAUGAAAAAUGUACAGCAAUCACAUCACUUUUACCAUAUCUUUGGAAAAACUUUGAUAGGAAGUAGUAGACCAGUACAGACUGUAAGUGAAAGAACUCUGCUUUCAGAAAGCUCUUCUGUAAAAAAUAAAAAACACCAGAAGACAAAUGCACAAAAAAUUAUUGAAGAAAAUCAAAGGAGACAGCUAGCCAAAAUAAGAAAAAGGGAAGAAGAAAGAUGGAAUAUCCUGUCCUUAGUUAUUGAAAAGGAAAUGAAAGAAAAUCUUAAUACUGGCAUAAAAAGAUUAGAAGAUUUCCUCAAAACAUGUUCUGUUAAAUCUGUAAAAUUUGAUGCAGAAAUAGUAGGCUUAGAUGCCUGCUUCAAAUUCUGGAUGGAAGACUGUUUAAAGUCAGAAGAAGAAUCCAAAGACAUAAGCAUACUAAUUCAUUUGAUGAAAAGAAUUCAUAUAAUCCAUGAAAAAUAUUCAGACCAAUUACAAAAUACUCAUCGAAAAAAAUUAGCUAAAUAUCUAAAAUAUAUUGGAUUUGACAACUUGGCACAAACAAUAUAUCCUCAGAGGGAUAUUUCUAAAUAUUCCAUUCAUAUGGGAGCAGCGCGGUUUCAAUUAACAUACAUGGGUCCUUAUUUACUCAGAGAAGAAAGAAGUGACCCAGAUCCCAGGGUACAGCAUUUCAUACCAGAUACAUGGCAAAGGGAGCUUCUUGAUGUUGUAGAUAACAAUGAAUCUGCUGUAAUUGUUGCUCCAACUUCAUCAGGGAAAACGUAUGCUUCUUACUACUGUAUGGAGAAAAUCUUGAGAGAGGACAAUGAAGGAGUUGUUGUAUAUGUUGCUCCAACAAAGGCUCUUGUAAAUCAAGUGGUAGGAACUGUGUGCAACUUAUUCACCAAAGAAUUGCCCAAAGGAGAAGUGGUUUGUGGAGUUUUUACAAGAGAUUAUCGUCAUCACAUUCUAAACUGUCAGAUACUGGUGACAGUGCCUCAGGCCUUGGAAAUACUUUUGCUUUCUCCUCAUAAUCAAAAAUGGACAAGAAGAAUGCGCUAUGUCAUAUUUGAUGAGGUUCACUGUCUUGGAGGUGAAAUUGGAGCAGAAGUUUGGGAACAUCUUCUUGUAAUGAUUCGGUGUCCUUUUUUGGCACUUUCUGCUACUAUCAGUAAUCCUGAACAUCUCAAGGAAUGGCUGGCAUUAAUUAAAAGAUAUUGGCAACAUAUUGAGAGCACAGUGCAAAAUUCUGGUCCAUCACGAAAUGCCUUGAAAGGGUCAAAGAAACAACAAAGAAAAGGAGCAGAGAAGUCUUUUAGAGUGAGACUGGUGUGGUACAAAGAGAGAUACAAUGAUCUUGAAAAGUUUGUGUGUUCUAUCAAGGAUAAUGACUUUAUCAUUGAACACUAUCACCCAUGUGCUGCGCUUACAGUCAAUCAUAUGAAAAAAUAUGGAAUUCCUUUAGAUCUUGGAUUUUCUCCUCGAGAAAGUAUUCUGCUUUAUGAUGCUAUGGUACACAUUUGGCCAGAAUGGCCAAGAAUACAGGAAUUAGAACCUGAAGAAUUCAGAUUCUUCAAAAAUAAGCUGGUCAUUAUGAGGGCAGAUGCCAAGAAAUAUGAGGAAGAACUGAAAAAGGAAAUCAUUCACUGGGUUGAAAUAGACCCAAACAAGACAUACAAUGUUUCAGGCCCAAUCCCUACAACAGUGUCCACCUCCUUUCAUCAUAUUCCCAAAAUGUAUCUCAACCACCACAUUUUGCCCCCAAAGCCUUCAGGUACUAGAAUUCAAAGAUUGAUUUUAAUGAAGGCUGAAAUACAGGAAAUAAAAAAUACCAUUAAAAAGCUCAAUAAAAUUCCUUCAGACUGUACAUAUGUUGAUCGUACCUUUGUGGAUUAUCAGACUUUUAACAAGAUAUUACGCAGACUGAGAGGAACAAGACAAGGCUACAAACUCUAUGGACUAUUAAGACGAGGCAUUGGAUUUCAUCAUGGGUCAAUGGAAUAUAAAGAAAGACAAGUUGUUGAGAUGCUCUUCAGACUGAAACAUGCCAAGGUGGUAACAGCUACCUCAUCCCUUGCUUUGGGAAUUAAUAUGCCAUGUAAAUCUGUUAUAUUCACAGAAGAUUCUGUUUUUCUGGAUGCACUGAACUUCAGACAAAUGUCAGGACGUGCAGGGAGACGUGGAGAAGACCUUAUAGGAACUGUGUUUUUCUAUGGUAUUCCAUUACCUAAGAUUGAAAGACUCUUAAAAUCUAAUGUGCCCAAACUUAAGGGUCAGUUUCCUCUAUCAUUAUCCUUGAUUCUCCGACUAAUGCUACUUGUUGCCAAAGCCGAUGACAAAGAGGAUGCCAAAGCAAAGGCAUUAUCAGUUCUCCAGCAUUCAUUGAUAUCUUUCAAGCAACCAAAGAUAAAUUGCAUGAUAAAUUUUUUUUAUUAUUCUUUGCACUUCUUGAUCACAGAGGGCUACCUGAAUCAAGAAUGUAUUCCCAUUGGAUAUUCUGGACUUGUGUCUCAUUUGCAUUAUCAUGAACCUGCAAACUUUGUUUUUGUAAGAUUUCUGAAGAAAGGUUUAUUUCACAAACUUUGUAACCCCAUCAUAGUGAAUGGUCAUAAGACUUUUCCUGAAGAGGUGAUGGAGACACUAGUGGUUGUUUUAGCACAUCUUUUUGGAAGAAGAUAUUUUGCUCCCUGUCUGAGAAAUUAUAAAAAGGAGUUGCCUCAUUCAAUGGUAAUACUAGAUGCUCUUCCCAAGGACUUUGCUGCAGUAGUAAAGGACUAUAAUACCAGAAUUAAAAAUAAUUUUGUUUCCUUCCUCCUAACAAUUUCUAAGUUGGCUGACAUGAAAAAAGAAUGUCAAUUACCUCUCUCAAAAAUUGGGUUUCUCAACCAGCUCCCUACUGGGCUUCCAAUAUAUUCUAAGGGAGCCACAGGUGAAAGUUUUCGUAAUUGUGGAUCACAUCAAGAGACUAGGAAAACAAUAAAUAAUAGGUUAGGACGCAUAGGAAUGAAGCAAAGGGUUAAAGGAGGCCAUAGUUGGUACAGAGACCAACCUCCUCCCCCAAUAAGCUGCCACCCAGCUCCUACAGUGAAAGGACACUCUCUCAGUCCCAUAUCUGGUGCUGGCAAGAAGCUGUCACCACUCCUGCUGACUCAUUCUAUGUAUCUCUUCCUCUCACACACGCCCUCAAGGUGGACUGUUGUAUGCUACCGGAUUCAGCUCCAGAAGGACCCCCAGCUCAAGGGCACUUACAAAAUCAGCCCCGUUUUCAUCCCCAGCAUCAUGUACGACCUCCUGAACUCUGUUGGCAGAACCUACCUACGAGCCAGGAGUAGCCCUAAAUAA